AUGCAACAUACAAAGAGCAGUGCCGCCGUUGGCAGCGAGCGAGUCGUCAGUGAGGUGAGCGCGAAGCAUCUACUGCGCAGCCGCGUUCAGAAACGACCAGACGAUGCCGAAUGUGUAAUGGUUGACUGCCGGACGAAAUGGGACGAACUGCUGCAGCAGAACCCGUGGCUUAAGACACAGGCUCUUCGCCUGUGUGUGGGAUUGGAAGACGUGCCCCAAGAGCAGAUUAUUCAGGACACAUUGCUGAAGAACGUCCCAAAUACAAAGGCACAAAAGUUGUGCAGUUUCAUUCAGUCUUUCAUCAAGUGUUUCAGAGAGCUACAUUUCACCUACUUGGAGAUCAAUCCACUUGUGGUCACAGAUUCAGAGGUUUAUAUUUUGGAUGUCGCCGCCAAAGUUGACUCCAAGGCAGCACCCCUAUGCAAGGAGUCUUGGGAGCAGCUUCAGUAUGCGCCAUCACUGUGCCGAGACCUCUUGCCUGAGGAACUCCAUAUCAGCCAACUUGCCGCAGGAACGCCUUGCUCCAUGAACCUGACCGUGCUGAACAUGACUGGUAGAAUCUGGAGCCUUGUGUCUGGCGGGGGAACAUCUCUGGUCAUCAGUGAAGGUGUGGUCAGGGCCCUGCAGGAAGGCAAAGAGAAGCUCCAAGCCAACAACAUCUCGCUGUUCAUCCGCCGGUCCACACUGGCGACGGUGCCCAACGGACAUAUGCCGACCGCGCUGACCGAUCUCGGUGUGCCUGUCCAUGCGUUUUCUGUUGCUACACCCAUGACCCACCUCAUUCAGCGUGCGCUGGGGUUACGCGAUAUUCACGCUGGAACUGAUGAUGCUAAUAAGAUGUGCCCUCCAGUGUGGCGGCCGACUGACUCCAACAAAGUCGUUGCCAAGUACGACUCUGAUGAACUCUUCAAUGGAGAAACGAGGGUAGGCACAAGUACACCGGUCACUCGUUGGGUUUCUGGUGAAGACAAGGAAGAAAGAUUCUUGUGGGCUGAAGGCCAAGUCACCAUUCCAGUGUACAGCAGCAUGGAGACUGCUCUGUAUAAUCAUCCGGACGCUAGUGUGGUCGUUAACGGUGCUCCUGGGAGGAUUCGCUGUGUUCUGAUGAUAGCAGGCCACAUCCCGGAUCAACAAACAAGAACUCUGGUGCAGAUGGCCCACAACAAUGGAGUCAUGAUAGUAGGACCCUGCACGCCGUUGCACCUCAUGCAGGUCAACUUCAUCAAGCCGGGCAGCUUCCGCUGCAACAAGUUUGGCAACAUCGGUGGGCCGAUGGAGGAUCUGGUCUCGCUGAGGUUGCACCGGCCGGGCAGCGUGGGACUGGUCACCCGCUCCGGGGGCCUGAGCAUAGAGCUGUUGGUCAGCAUUGCCAGAAACACGGAUGGGCUGUACCAAGGCAUAUCACUGGGCGGCGGAAAGUACACCGGGACCUCGUUCAUGGAUCAUCUGAUGUCCCUGGAGGCCAACCCAGACGUCAAGAUCUUGCUGCUGCUUGGAGAGUUUGGGGGAUGUGAAGAACAUGACGUCUGUGAGGCUUUGCGUAGCGGCCAGCUCAGCAAUUGA